GCCUUGCCGCACACACUGGUUGGGCGGUAGAAUGCUCGUGGUGCUGCAGCCAGAGCCCAAUGGGAGUCGAGCUCACUGCUAACGACUGUUGCAGCUGGCCUCGGCGUCAGGUUCGUUUGAGCGGUGGAGCGACUCCGCGGCCUUUGCCUGAUCGUUUUGGCCACCUUCCCACCGCGGCCUGGCCAGUCCUGACGUGUUGGAGCCAGGACGGACGAUAGAUUCGUCUGUCAAAGGCCCGCCUGCAGGCUUCCAGACGGCCAAGCUCCUACACCAAGCUCCAAGCGGUUCUCCUUGGAGGUCCAUCAGGGAGGGCAGCCGCUCAACCACUCAAUUGACGACCCCAUUUCUCAAAUUGUGACCUUUUUGCUACCAGGCCGACAACGCACACUUCAGCUCUCGUUCCUUUUCGUCCUGUCUGUCCUUUUUUUUUUUCUCUCUGACGCCAUUGCUGGGCUGUCCACGUCCCCUUUUCUCUGUGCCACAGCUGGGCCUCACACCCUCUCCCAGCCGACCAAUCGAUUCCCGACCAGGGCCGACAAAGAUCAGGCUGAGGAGCCGUCUUGCCAGGGGUGUCAGGGACAACCGAAUGUGACGUGUGGCAUAACGUCGAACCCAGAGAGGAGCGUGCGAGCGAGUGCGACCUGCAGUCGACCAGAGCAAGGCCACACAUACCCUGGUCGUGGAGUUUGGCGCAACACUGCCCUGUUUGCGUCCUCUUUGCCCAUACGCAACUGCGGUUUCUGGCAAAGCCACUGGCUAGAAAAAAAUCACAGAGCCCAGCGCGCCACACCACUUUUUUUUCUCCCACUCACCCGCACCACUUCUCGAAAACAGCUGCUUCGCGCAACGAAAGCUGUUGUGGUAUACCACCCACCGAUUUGCGCAAAAGUUCUUUCCCAGAAUACUCCGAAACCCGGUCGCGCGCCGAAUUGAUCCAUCUCGGCCCUCGUCCCAGCGGCCGGCCGCGCCAGUUGAACUGUGGCGCGCUCACUGAUCCAUCAGACUGGCGGUUCUGCCCUGUCCGCGUCCAAGACGUCAUCAUGGCCAUAAUGGAUGCACCACCAUCCACGGUCAAGGGCCCGAUGCUCUUCGGCAUGCCCAUGAAGCAAGUUUCGUUGAUCACGCUCACUUUCCAAAACUCGGCCCUGAUCCUCAUUAUGCAUUAUUCUCGUAUCAUGCCUCCAGACGGCGACCAUAGAUACUUCACCUCGACCGCCGUCUUCCUCAACGAGGUGAUCAAGCUGGCCAUCAGCCUGACCUUCGCCAUAAACGAGCACUCGCGCAGCCUGGCGCCCCAAACCCCGGCCACGGUGCUGUUCGAGCAGCUCUACAACUCGGUCUUUUCCGGCGACGGCUGGAAGCUUGCUAUACCUGCAACACUCUACACACUGCAGAACACCCUCAUUUAUGUUGCUGUCGGCAACCUGGAUCCCGUCCACUUCCAGAUCCUGUACCAGCUCAAGAUCCUCACGACCGCCUUCUUUAGCGUCAUCAUGCUUGGACGGUCCCUUGGCGCCAAGCGCUGGUUCUCGCUAGUUCUCCUAACGUUCGGCGUGUCCAUCGUGUCGCUGCCGUCGACCAACAACGCCAAGGACUCGCACAUGAUGAUCCACGACUUCAGCGACCACUUCUUCCCGCGGUCCGUCCACGAGCUCGGGCAGCUGGCCAACGGUGCGGCCGAAGUAGCCCGCGAGCUCACCAAGCGCGCCGUGUCGGACAUCGGCGGGGCCCUCGCCCGCCGGUCGGCGACGUACCAGGGGAUUAAGGAGGACCUGGACACGUCACCCAUCAUGAACUACUCGAUCGGCCUGAGCGCCGUCCUCGUCGCUGCCGCCGUCUCGGGCCUGACGGGCGUCUACUUCGAGAAGGUGCUCAAGGACUCACCGACCCCGCGCACCGUCUGGACGCGCAACGUGCAGCUGUCCUUCUACUCGCUCUUCCCCGCCUUCCUGAUCGGGGUCGUCUUCAAGGACGGCGAGGAGAUCGCCAAGCACGGCUUCUUCGACGGCUACAACUGGGUCGUCUGGACCGCCGUCGUGUUCCAGGCCGUCGGCGGGGUGCUGGCCUCGCUGUGCAUCAAUUACGCCGACAACAUUGCCAAGAACUUUGCCACUAGCAUCAGCAUUGUCAUCAGCUUCUUGUUCAGCGUCUGGUUCUUCAAUUUCCAGUUCAACCUCACGUUCAUUGUUGGCACCACGCUAGUCAUCCUCGCUACGUACCUGUACAGCGGCCCUGACCGCAAGCGAGGACGGCCACCGCCGCUCAACAUUGUCGGCUUCGAGAAGACUAUGAUCGACUCGACGCCCAAGACAGGUACGCCAAUGGGCGAAAAGAGGCAGCUUCUCGACCCCCUCGACACUGUCCGCGCCAUGGGCUUGUCCACAUCCCGCCCUGCCUCCCCUUUGCGGCACCAUAACCGGGUCCCGUCGGCCAGGGGCGACAAGAACCGGGACGAGUAAAGCCUCGCUGUGCGUGCGGAACGCGGUCCGACAGAAACAAAGACCAUACCCACCAGCUGGGGUGUUCGGCGGACCCUUUGCGGUGAAUGUCGGAUAGAGGACCACAAAACCUCCCUGCCCCUACCCGACCCGCCGACAAUGAACCUUACCUACAAAAAAGAUAUUCAUCACCUGCAACAAAUCAGCACCAUGAAUCGAUGUGAAUGCCCUCCCACGAGCAAUUGAGGGAGGAAACAAAAAUCAAUCUGGGUAUGGAGACGAGAGCAUCGAAGCGAACUUUGAAAGAGAAAACCCAUCGCGGCGGGGAUAAAACCGCCUAUCCGCAUUAUCGACGAUGCUUUAUUCACUUCUUCCUCUUUUUUUUAUUCUGCAUGAAUAGACAGAUACCCCGGCGAGGGACGCGAUGAAACACGUUGUCAACCCGACACUGGAUUGACUGGGAUCAGGGCCCAGGCUCGCGACCGUGACAACCAGUUGCGGAGACCGCUGGCACGGGCAAGGGCGAUGAGAAUAAACGAAGGGGCCGCGUGAGGAUUUUCCUCGAUAUCCGUUUGUUCUCCUCGCAGUUUUCUGGUAGCAUCCAACGGCAGCUUCCGUCUCCGGAACGGGGACGAGAGCAGAUGGAUAACCUAGAGGUCUUGUCGGCGACGCGAAUGGCGGCAGUUGCCUGACCGGCCGGGAGACACUGUUUCCUCGCGCGUGUUGGAUCCUACCGCGGCACUGCCGUCACCUGUGUUCUGUGGCCAUUGCCCAGAGGCGUGACGGCGGGUGCGUCAGGUCUGUGGCUAAGGUGUUCAGGGGCGCGCCGUAUACAGACGCAAGCUCGCGACAGCUUUCGAGUUGUCUUUUGAACAUGGGUCAAUGGCGAAUAGUGAUAGAGUCGGCCAUCAAUACAAUCAUUAAAAAGCAAGAACCUAAACUCGAUGUGUUCC